AUGGCUGCGGUUUCUUCUCGCCGCCGCUCCAGCAGUGUUGAUGAUUUGCUGCUGAAGCAGUCGCUCCCCCUACCGGAGGCUUCUGCUGCAGCGGGAGUGAACGAGUCUCCUGUUGCUGCUGCUGCUGCAGCUGCUGCUGCUGCUGAAACAGCAGCAGCAGCAGCAGCAGCAGCUCAAGAUCUCUCUGGAGAUGAGGAGGAGGAAAUGAUGCAGAAAGCUGCAGAGGCAUAUCUGCUGUCUGUACACCUCGAAGCCAAAAGCUUGCCUCAGUGUGUUGCUGCUGCUGAACCCAGCAGCAGCAGCAGCAGCAGUAGCAGCAGCAGGAACAGCAGCAGCAACAGCAGCAGCAGCAGCAGCACAAAGAGCGUUUCAGCAAAUGCAAGUGCAGAGAAAGUAUGUAAGAAGAGUAGAAGCAGCAACGGCAGCGCCACGUAUGUGCUUCGUUUGCUGCGACUGCAGCAGCAGCAGCAGCAGCAGCAACAGCAGCAGCAGCAGCAGCCUCGUCUUGAGUGGGAGGUAGAAGCUCUUGACUUCUUCAGAAGAAUUCGAACAUGGGUUCAGGAGCAGCGAGAGCUGCAGCAGCAGCAGCAGCAGCAGCAGCAGCAGCAGCAGCAGCAGCAGAAAGUAUUUUUGCGUUGCUGCUCCUGGACCCAAGAUGAGUGGCGAUUAUACUGCAGGAGAUAUUCUCCGACUCUGCUGCUGCUGCUGCAGCAUGAUGUGCGUUGCUGCUGCUCGCUGCUGCAAGUGCUGCUGCAGGAUUUCGAUUUGCAGCUGCGGCAGCACCGCCACACAAGCCAACGCCCAGAAGCAGCAGCAGCAGCAGCAGCAGCAGCAGCAGCAGAAGCACCUGAUUUAGGAGCCGCAACUGAAGCAGCGAACGGCGCUGCAACAGCAGCAGCAGCAGCAGCAGCAGCAGCAGAUGAAGCCGACAGUUGCUGCGGCUUCUCGGGAAGCCCAACGUCUCUUCCGCAGCUUUUUUGGCUGUUCUCUGUCCUCGUUGCUUUAGAUGAGCUCGAGGUGAUACGUGCUUCCUCUGCGUUUUGGUCGCUCUUCCUCUUCUUUGCUGCAGAAGAAGUUUACUUAGCGAUGCGUUUUGAGGUUUCUUAUUCGCUGCAGCAGCUGCGUCGGCGUUGUCUUCGUGUACGGGGUAUUUUGCUGCGGCUGUUGGGGUGUACAUACACCGGAGAGGGAGAGCAGCAGCAGCAGCAGCAGCAGCAGCAGCAGCAGCAGCAGCAGCUUCUGCUGCGUAUGCUACAGCAGCCGCUGCCCUUCCGAGUUGAAAACAAAUGCAGCAGCAGCAGCAGUCCCCAGCAAGCACAGAAGACAGCGCAGCGGCAACGAAAGCAGCAGCAGCAACAACAGCAGCAGCAGCAGCAGCAGAAGCAGCAACAGCAGCAAGGGUUGUCUGCGAGGAGAACAGCGCUGCGACAUCAGCUGGCUGCUGUAGAUAUUUUGUUGGUUAUUAUUCGAGACUUCUUCGGGCAGAAGUAG